UGUCAAAAGUCAAAAACAAAAUCUUGUGGUAGGCAGACAAAGGCUGACUGAACAAAAACUCAAAAUGGCAGGAAUGAUGGAAGCAAUCCAAAAGAAAUCAGUUUAAAAUUGGUUAUUUGUGUGAUAUUGUACAGUGUCGUGGAUAAACGUGAUUUUGUGGAUUUGAACUAUAAUAUCCUAUUUAUACGAGAUGUAAAAUAUUACGUCUCUUUGUAGUAAACAUAAUUGCAAAGGUAAUUAGCCUUCACGUUCCUCUUUUUUGAACGUUCGAAUGCUUGGCAAAUCCGCAAUUUGAAAGCCGAUCAUCGUGCGGCGGAGGCAGCGGGUCAGAGGGCUCGGAGGAGCGCGCCUCGUGGCGGGUCACGCUGGACCACGACCUGGUGGAGACUCUGAGCGCCAUCUACCCUGAGUGGUUCAAGCCGCAGCACCGACGCGAGCGCAGCCGACCCGCCUCCCCGGUGUCGCCUGUCUCACUGCCGCGUACGCCGGCUACGCCGCCUUCAGACGAUAUUUUCAGCUCGGGCGCCGAGGAGAUGGCAGGACGAGAGGCGAGCGGUAGCGGCGCGAGCGAGCCGUCCAGCUCGCCGCGCGUGUCGCCGCCCAAAGUGGUCGUCGACGACAGCCCGCUGCAGCCGGCUAUGGGCAAACACAAGGAAUCUUUGAAAGUUAAACUGAUGAUGCGAAGGCCCAUAACGCAGCUUGUGGCGCAAGGAAUUAUGCCCCCUCAGAAAACGCCGCCAGCGUAUUUUGAACAAUGCAAACAAUUACAGCGAGCAAAAACCGGAGAUUUACUCAAGGCGAAGAUUCAGCGGCGGCCCGACCGCCAAGAAUUAGAACGAUUACACAUUUUAGAACAGGAGAGCCAUGUGGAUCCGAGCCUGGCGGAAAAACAACGUAUGUUAAAGAAGGCGCGACUAGCUGACCAACUCAACGACCAGCUGUCACACAGGCCCGGACCUUUGGAACUCAUCAAGAAGAACAUCCUCCACACAGAGGAGAACAUCGAGACCGCUGUAAAGACCGGCAUUCUCGCCUUCAAAGCCACCAGCGAGGGCGCCUCCGGCAGACCUCAGCACCCUUCAUCUUACUGCGGACCACCCGAAGAGGUCUCUCCUUCACCAUCCCCACCCUCCACUCUAUCCCCCGCCAGCGUCGCAUCCCCUCCGCAACACCCCGCCCCCGGCAAAGACAAAAACCGCAAGAAGAAUAAGCAAAAACAGCAGCCGAAAGCCCGCUUCAAGUUCCACGAGUACAAAGGACCACCAAACGCGCAGAAAUCUAUUUCGCCACCCAACUCAGUGGAGACGCCAUACGAGCUGCUACUGCAACAACAGCAACUACUAUUGCAACUGAUGCCGGCGUCCCCCGCCGCGUCCGUGGCGUCUGAUUGCUCCGACGCAUACACCGCGCCUCCACCCCCGCCUCCUCCGCCCGCUCCUCUCGCUUCCUUCACCAUCGCUUCUCGCUUCGAAGACAUGAAAGUCUCUGAUUUACGCGCCGAGUGCAAGCGCCGAAACUUACCCGUUUCCGGACCGAAACCGCAAUUGAUUCAACGACUUCGGACUUUCAUGGACAAGCAGGAGGAAGCUCCGCGCUCCCCGGCAUCGGUCGCAUCGAUAGCUUCGAUCGCGUCGGUGGCCUCUCCCGAGUCGAGACUGGACGAUCCCUCGGAGGACAUAGUGCAAUCCCAGAGACGGCAGAUCGAAGAACUGGAGAGGAAAUUGGAGGCGUCGAGGCAGCAGAUGGAGGCGGUGCGAAGGGAAGCGGCGGGCGCGGCCGCCAGUGACCAGAGCCGGCGGCUGCUGCAGGCGCACAUCUGCAUGACGCAGCUGCGCGCGCAGCUGGACGCGCUGCAGCAGGCGCCCGCCGCGCCGCCGCCCGCGCCCGCGCGCUACGUGCUCUCCGCCUGCGACGCCGCGCCCGACCGCCUCGUGCGACUCUUCACCGUCGCCUCGCCCGCCGCCAAGGACGACGCCAACCAUCAGAAGAACCCGGCAUACAUACUCAACGGCGUCAAGGUGGUGCCAAUCGCUAUCCUACCCACUCACUACGAGCCGGAGCGCGUGGCGCCCCCGCCCCCGCCGCCUCCUCCACCUCCCCCGCCGCCGCCGCUCCGAGACUGCACAGAAGACAGCCAGAUAAUGGACGACGUUCUAGAAAUUCUGGUUGAGAAUGGCGAGCUGCCAGCGUCCGCCGUAGACGAGACCGCGCGCGAGGUCCGGAAUGAUUUUAUGACCAACACUGCCGAUGCGUUCUCUCCGACUGACGUGCUGACCGACGACGUGCUCGACGAUACGCGCGUGAGAGAUUCGCUGGCGGCCGAGGAACUGCAGAGAGAACUAGAUGACAUACAAAAUGAGAUUAUGAAUCAUGCGGAUAUGCGGGCCGUCAAUCAUUGCGAUGGCGGCGAUAUCGACCACGCUCUGAACGUUGAUCUUCUCUCUAACGAUGAUUUUCACACGAACUUUGGAGCUCCCGACUCAUCAACGGAUCACGACUUUUUCAGUCUGCUCUCGGGAGACACAAGCCGAUCGGAAGACAAAUCGCAAACUCCCAUGGAUAUAGGCGAAGACACAGAGAGAAUGGGUAUGAACCCGCUCGCUAACGACAUCCUCGACUACACCAGAGCGAGUUUCGAUUACAUGGACGAUCUGUCGUUGCCGUCAUUUCAGAAUGAAGAUUCUCGGAACGGGCCGUUCGAGGAGCGUCAAUGCGAUUUCGAUUUGAAAGAGCUGAUCGAUUCGAAUUCUAACAUGAACGUGGACGGGGAGGGGUACGAUUACAUGAGCACGGAGAUCAUCCCGAACCUGUUCGGGCGCGGCCCCGUGGCGCAGUGCGACCCGCUGCUGGGCGGCGCGCUGUCGCGGCCGGCGCCGCGGCCCGCGCACAAGCACUACUCGUGGGACCGCAUCGAGUACGACGCCACCUGACCCGCCGACAGCCGGGCCAUCGCUCUCUAACAACACUUACGCUAUGAUCUCUUACAUUUGAUACACCUACCGACGCCGUGCGGAUUUUUCAAAAGUGCUCUACGGUGAUGGUUCGGUUUGCUAGCGUUUACCAGCGGAUCUUGGACCCGCUGCAGCGGUCCAACAACCUAGUCUCGUCGGCGACUCGUUCUUCCAUGAUGUGACUAUAACUAAAAAGAAAUAUAUGCCCGACACAAAGUGUGGGCAUCGAAGGACUAGAUAGUUUGUAUUAAUCUGUACUUAAAUAGACGGUACGAAAUGUUUGUGUCGCUAGUUGGUAAAUAGUUUAAUUUUAAUUAUUUAUAUUUAGUGAGUGUUAGCGUCCGUCACCACCGUACGCAGUGACAUACUUGGCUCACAAUUUAUAAAUCCAUUUUAUUUACUAUUUAUAGGCGUAUCUACUUAUGUAUAUAUUGAAAAUAAUACUCAACAUAGUUGUGGAUUUCUGCAUUCCGCCCGAUGACUUAACCUAGGGAAAUUUAUCAUAAGAAUUGUUUUUGUUGGAACACAAACAUUCAAUCGAAGAGACACCUGGUAACGUACACGAUAAUAUAACUUAUGAUGAAUGUUUAGAAAGAUUGAUGUUGUGUCAGUAAUAGAAUCCGCUGAGACCGCCUGUUGGUGGCGAUUUCCCAAAUCAAUAAGUGACAUUCCAGUCUUGUUGAAGUGCAGAGCGUGGCACAGCAAGCUUGUCUCUCGCGUCGACCCAUUCGCGUUGUUACCAAUCAGAUAGAUUUAGAGGCCUGUAGACGAACAGAGAGCGGGUUGCACAUUCGCAAGCCAUCGUCAUGGGUGGGACCAGCUUGGGAACAAUGUUAGAUACGAAUCAUUUAGGUAAAGUAGGACUUCUCGCGUCUACAAUUAUGCAAUCACUCUAUUUUCACAUUCUCCUUCCGUACCACGCGAUUAAUAAAUUAUUCUAUAGUUUGUAACAAGAUUUCUAGUAAUAUUGAUGAUUUAUUACUAAUUAGAUGUUUGAUUUACCUAGAAGAAUUAUUAUAAUGAUUGUAUCAACAUAACAUUCUUGAAAAUGUAUCAUUCCAAUGUAUUGUCUAAAGUGUAGGAUAGGUGCACUAUUAUCAAUAAGUUGCUGUUUGACUGUUACCUGUUAGCUCCGUAAUUAAUUUACCGCUAGACUGCUUGCAUAAUUGUCGUAUCGCAUUAUUUGUAUCUUUUAUUUGUCGUACCUACAAUAUUCUGUCAUUUUCAUUAGGAAUGAGUGAUCAAUAAUGAAUCUUGCGUUUGCCGUUGCUUCACUGGGGAUACAUUUUAAAAAGCGGAAUUUAUGAAUCGAAAACAUAUUGCCAUUAUUUGCAUUUAUAUUAUAAUAAAGUAUUCAAUACCUGAAACUACAACGAAUAUGGGUUACUGCCCUGAUUGUGCCAAUACUAUUUGAAGGUGUGUGGCAUCAAAUGACUCCCUCACAUUUAAUACUGACGAGUCUGCGUAAAGGGUAUCAAUUAUGUAACUAUGGUCUGAGUAUAUUUAUGAUGGUGGUAAAAUAUAUGGCGGCACUUCAUAAUGCUGAUGAAGUUCAGCCAUGUAUGGAUUGGUGCUAUUUGUGGAAGAUUUUAUUGUAUAGAAAAAUAUAUUAGCAUCACAUAGUAUCUAAUUCAGUAACCUCAAAUUGAUCAUAUGCGCGCUUGGAAUUCACUAAUGUGUGUACUGAUGAAACUUCCUUAUUCUUAACUAUUUAUUGGAUUUUUUUUUUAAACGUAAUCAUGUUAAUUAUUAUGAAUAAAA